GGGCCAGCCUGGUGCAAGCCCAACUGUGCGUCUGGGAGCUGCAGGGAGCCAUCGAGGGGCAGCCGGAUGGCGGCCACCACGACCCAGCACCCCAGGACGGCUGGCACCAUGGCCAUGGGGCCACGGCCAGGAGCGCGGCCACGGUGUGGAGCAUCUCACACCAGCAGCGUGGUCCUGGGUCUACAGAGGAUGGGAGCAUCUCACCCAAGUUCGUGCCCGUGGAUGGGAGCACCUCACCUAAGUUCAUGCCCAUGGAUGGGAGCAUCUCGCCCAAGUUCAUGCCCAUGGAUGGGACCACCUCACCCAAGUUCAUGCCCACAGAUGGGAGCAUCUCGCCCAAGUUCAUGCCCAUGGAUGGGACCACCUCAUCCAAGUUCAUGCCCACAGAUGGGAGCAUCUCGCCCAAGUUCAUGCCCACAGAUGGGAGCAUCUCGCCCAAGUUCAUGCCCACGGAUGGGACCACCUCACCCAAGUUCAUGCCCAUGGGCAGGAGCAUCUCACCUGCGUCCAUGCCCAUGGAUGAGAGCAUCCUCCAUGAGCCACAAGGCCAUCGACCCACAUACGAGAGCAUCUUCCACUUGUCUACAGAUGGGAGUGUCUUGCAUGAGCAUGUGCCAACAGACAGGACCAUCUCACCCAAGUCCGUGGCCGUGAAGGAGCCCCAAGGCUGGGGAUUUGCAUAUGAGAGCAUCUCGCACGCGUCCAUGGCUGGUAGCAUCUCAAAUGAGCACCAUGGCCGCGUGCCUACAGAUGUGAGCAUCUCCCCCAUGUCCGUGCCUGUGGAUGGGACCAUCUUGCAGGAGCACGAGCCGAUAGAUGGGACCAUCUUGCCCAAGGCCAUGCCCAUGGAUGGGACCAUCUUGCAGGACCGCAUGCCCACGGAUGGGACCAUCUCACCGAAGUUCUUGUCUACGGGUGGGACCAUCUCGCAGGACCACAUGCCGGUGGACUGGAGCAUCUUGCCCAAGGCCAUGCCCACGGAUGGGAGCAUCUCGCCCAAGUUCAUGCCCACGGAUGGGACCACCUCACCCAAGUUCAUGCCCAUGGGUGGGACCAUCUCGCCCAAGUUCAUGCCCAUGGGUGGGACCACCUCACCCAAGCACCAGGACCCCGAAUGCUGCGAGGAGGAAGAGGAGGAUGAUGAUGAAGAUGAUGAUGGCUGCUCCUCCCGGGAGGAAGAGGCCGAGGAAGAGGAGGAUCUGGAGGAGGAGGAGCCCCACUUCCACACCAACCCCCUCUUCCAGAGCCGGGUGCUGGCACCCAUGGGUGCCCGGCGGGUGCCCCUCUACCGGACCCACGGUGCUGCCCUGCAGCCGCUGCUCAUCACUGAGGGGGAUGACGCCAUGGGGGGCACCGGGGAUGGAUGGGGGUGCCCCCCCCUCCCCUGCACCCCCCCAUUUGCCUGA